CAAUAUUUCGAAAUUUCUGCCAUUGGCAACAAGCGACGAAAUGAGCGAUAGGGGAAGCGAUCAGAGCUCGAGCAGUUCGGACUCUGCUCAGCACAUUCCACCAAAAGCUCAGACGAUUCUCACGGAUCAGCGAUCUCUGAGAACUUGCAUCCUCUUGCAACAUCUUCAAGGAAAGGAUCCGAUGGAAGGAUACAAUUUGUUGUGCAAAUCGCUUGGACCAAAGUUCAUGGAAUACAGCCACUUCAACUACUGGUUCAUGGGAUUGGCAGAUGAAACACUGACAUUGGACUCCGCCGACCGAUUCAACGCGUCUCAGGUGAAACAAUGCAUCGAUCUUCCCGACAACCAUCCAGCAAUGGCUUCGAAAACAGUGCUUCAAACUAAUCGGUUCUCGACAGUCGGAGAUGCCCACCGUUCUCAGUCUAAUAUUCGCGAAGGAAGAAAUGUCAAGGGCAUUUUUUUGAGCUUUGAAAAUUCCGAAUUGGCAUUUGACGACGAUAUUUCGUUUGACAACGAACAGGAUGAUGAUGGCUGUAUUGUGGAAGUUGAGUAUAAGGACGACAAAAAGAAGACUAUUUCGAAAAAAAAGUGGUCAUUGAAAUUCGCGAUGAAAGAUUUAUCGGCACAUUUGAACGGAAAGAAAUUGGUUCUCGAUGAUUUUGUAGUCAUCAUGGGUGGUUGGCGGAUUGCUCAAGAUCAAGAGAAAUGGUUCGAAGCCCUUCAAUCGAUUCUUCACUCAAAUGGGACCGUGUCGGCAAAAUGUGUCUCGUUCGUGAGCUUCAUGACUUCUUACCAAACUGCUCAAUUCUUGAAACACUUCGAGUCCGGCUUUCUGGAGAGAAUUAGUAUCGAUGCUGAUGAUGCUUCAGUUGAAAAAAUUGUCUGCCUCGAACAAUACAAACAAGCGACAUCUCUCAGCUUGGGCUCUGGCAUGUUUUCAGAGUUUUUCAAGCACAUCGAUCACUUUAAGUCACUGAAGUUUUGUUUUUUCGGGAAAAGGCUUUCGAAGAACCACAUAGAGCUGUUCCGUGAUAAUGUUAUCGCGAAAUCGGUCAAUCUUGAAAGCUGUACGUUCGAGCACCUUGACUUCAGUGAAAAAUCAUUUUUGACUGCUUUUAACGCUCCGAAAUCUGCCACCGGCUCAUUUGUCUACAAAGCAAACAAAAGGUCAUUCACCAUAACUUCUGAGGGAUUUGCUUACCACAUCAAGAAAAACUCUAGUAACUUGUCAACAAUAAAAAAUUCAUUUCCAUCUGAUUUUUUUUAAGCAAAAC